AUGCUGAGUGAAGAGUUUAAGGAAUGUGAGGAAACCAUGGUGGAGGUCGUUUGUCCGUACAGUGUCCUCGAUGUGGCUCAGAUGCUACAGGCCAAGUUUGCCUUUGUAUCAGGUGGAAAGGCAAAAAAUGGGGCCCCCAUCAUGACGUUUCCUGAAAACCCUCAGCAGCCUGAUAUAACAGACACUGACUACAAGAAGAUAGUUCACUACCUCUGCUGUAUCCCACCACUUCAUGAGACAGAGUUAGGGUUUGUUAUUGUGCUGGACAGACGACAGGCAGGAUGGAGUUCAGUCAAAUCCCUGCUGUUAAAGAUGUCUGAAUUUUUCCCAAAGCAUUUACAGGUUGUUUUUUUGCUUCAACCACACGGCUUUUUCCAGAGGGCAUUUGCGGACAUGAGGUCAAAAUUUGUUAAGGAGGAACUUGAAUUCAAGGUUGUGAUGUGUAAUGACCCAAACCAGAUGUUUGAAUACAUUGACCCCAGUCAGCUGACCACAGAGGUCGGAGGUCAGUUGGAGUAUGAUGCCAAUGAGUGGACCCAACAUCGAGCAGCUGUUGAGAAGUUCUCCACCAACAGUGAGAAAAUAGCCACGGCAAUAGCUGUCCUUGUGAAGAAAUUUCAGGAAAUGGAGGUUCCCAAUGAUGUGAAAGGAACAGAAACACUCAUCCAUGACCACAUAAUGGGUCGAAAAGAAAUAAUAAACGAUUUAAUGUCCUCUGAUGAUCACGGAAAGACCAUUCUGAGCUGUAUCAAGGGGGAUAACCCUCGCACACCUCUGAUACAUCAAACUCAUGUUCUCAAUCUAGAGAGACUGCUGAUGCAACUAGAAGAGACUAAAUCAAAUUUUGAGAGAUUCUGGGAGGUUCAUGAAAAACGUCUCAAGCAGUCACUACAGCUGCGACAAUUUGAAGAAGAAUUCAAACUGUUUCAGUACAGCUAUGAUCAACGGAUGGAGGAGCUGGAAAAAGCAAUGUCAGACACAGGAGAGACACUUCAACAGGUGGAGACACUCAUCCAUAGCUUCAACACAUUUGAAGAGCAGGCCAAGAGAGACCUUGAGCAGGCGGACAAGAUGAGGACAAACGGAGAACAACAUAUGAUGGACGACCAUUAUGCUGUGGACUCCAUACGUCCGAAGUGUAUUGAAUUACAACGCAUGUGUGAUCAGUACAGGGAGUUGCUACGGCGACGACGUGAACUCCUCGACACAUCACAUGACCUUCAAGACAGAAUUGACAAGGCCAAUAAAUGGUGCACAAAGGGUGUGGACAUGUUGUCGAAGCAACAGGUGGAUGCUUGUCAAACCCCUCAGGGAGCCGAAGUUGCUCUCAGGGACAUUGAGAGCUUUGUGGCAACUGCUGGACAGCUGCGUCUCAACAACCCAAAAGAGUUCCGUCAAUUGUUUGAAAACAUGAUUACGCCAGAAACUAGAGCCAAUGUCCAGAAGGUACUGAAGAGGAUUGAGGAUGUCCAGGCUAUGUGUGAGAAACGACACCAUAGCCUCCAACAGGUCGCCAAACCAUCCACCCGCCCCAGUACCUCACAUCGUGUACCGCCCACCCAUGGCCAUCUGCCACACCCCCCUCAUCCUGACGUUGAUCCCAAACGCAAAACAAACACAGAAAACCAGCAGCGUCAACAGGGCAUCUACGAACGGUCUGCUCGGUUACGAACCGACGGCAGUGCAUCCUCCCGUCCUUACAUUACCCCUCCGUGUUCAAACCUGGGCAGUCUCCCAGACAGUAUAAAUAUGGGCGAGAAGACUCGUGCCUCUGUGACCUCCAUGUCAACUACAACCUCAUCGGGGUCAUCAGGGUCAGCAAGGUCGGCCAGUAUGAUGGAUACUGACACACUGAUGGCCAAGAGGAGGCACGUAUUGAAUGAGUUGAUUGAAACAGAGAAGACAUAUGUAGCACAACUAUAUGAUAUUAUAAAGGGGUACUUGUUGGAGUUAGAUAAUAGAUCUAUGCAGCACCUCAUUCCAGAUGGACUCUCGGGCAAGAAGGAAAUACUCUUUGGCAAUCUAGAACAAAUAUAUUCAUUUCAUAAAAAUAUAUUUCUACAAGAACUACAGAACUGUAGAGACCAACCUGCUAAAGUAGGAAAAUGUUUUGCAAAUAGGAAUGAAGAGUUUCAUUUAUACAGUGUUUACUGCCAAAACAAGCUGAGGUCAGAAGCUCUACGGAAUCAAGUUGGGGAUCAAAAUCCAUUCUUUCUGGAAUGUCAGAGGAAGUUGGGACACAAACUGCCAUUAGGGGCAUACCUCCUUAAGCCUGUACAACGGAUCACAAAAUACCAGCUCUUACUCAAGGAAAUGCUUCGGUUUUCUGAACAGGACCCAGCUUGUGAAGCCCAUAUACAGGAAGCACUGGACUCCAUGUUGGACGUUGUACGAUUUGUAAACGACAGCAUGCAUCAAGUGUCCAUCGUUGGUUUUCCUGGAAAUUUAGCUGAUCAAGGGAAGUUACUCAUGCAGGGAGGAUUUAAUGUGUUAACAGAACAUCAAAGAGGACGAAUCAAAGAUCUCCGUUUUAAACCAAUGCAGAGACAUAUGUUUUUAUAUGAGAAAUCAAUAUUAUUGUGUAAAAGAAAAGAAGAAGUUGGUUUAUCAUCAGAAAAAGGAGUUUAUAGUUUUAAGAAUCUUCUCAAACUCUCACAAGUAGGUCUCACAGAAAACAUCAAGGGAGAUAAGAAGAAAUUUGAGUUAUGGUUGAGAGGACGUGAGGAAGUUUAUAUCAUUCAGGCACCCACCUUGCCUUGUAAAGACAUGUGGGUUAAGGAAAUCAAACGGGUUCUUAUGAGCCAGUUUGAUCAGCUGAAAAGUAAGUUCGAUGUCGACCAUCUAAAUCUGGUAGGGAAGUCAGAAGAAGACCUACAACAUCUCUCAGAAGAUGUGCCCUGCAAUAAUUCUAGGUAUGUAGACAAUUGGAGGACAAACAGACACCCAUCAUGUAACAACAAUGCUCCUACUGUACCCCAGGGACUGGAAAUGAUGUCUCCAGAGUCUCCCCCAGCCCCAUCUCACGAGGACGAUGGAUGGUCAAGUGGAGAGUUCACUAACUCAGAUGAGGACGAGUCAAGAAAUCAUGAUAGACGAGGGUCAGAGCCUUCCUACCUACAACAGUACCAGUCUAUAGGAGAUUUCCAUGCCAGUGAUGCCAAUGAAGUCAGCAUGCGAGAGCGUGAUGUUGUGGAGAUUAUUAGAACAGGAUCCACGGGUUGGUGGUUCGCCCGCCAUCUGUCGACAAAUCAGGAGGGUUGGGUACCAUCCACAUAUCUCACACCCUAUAAAAGGCGAAGUUCACAGUCCCAUUUUUCGAUGUCAAGUAUUGAUUCUAGUAGUCAGGAACAUAUGACAAGCAAAUCAAGUCUGGCCAGUGCUUACAGCUCCAACAGCCCUAUGAAUGAAACUUCAAUUUGA